AUGUUUAUAACAGUUAUUUAUGGAGGUUAGUGGGAGAUCUUUUGCUUAUUAUGCUAUGUUAGGAUUCACUGAUUUUGCAUAGUUAUGAAACAUAGUGGCCGAGAUAAGAGUAAUACAACACGCGAUUUCAGCUUCCCUUGAAUGGCCAUGCUUAAUCAAUGCGCUUGAUGGUUUUACGAGACGUUUUUACACAAACAGGAAAGUAACCUAACCGCUGUUAGUUGAGGUUGAAAAGACAGUAAACUAGGUAAUUGAAAAUUAUUUCUUUAGUAACAAUUCGAAAGCUGAAGUGUCUAAGAGAAAUUGCCUGGACUAAUUACGACUUUCUGAAUCGAGUUUGCAGAAUUGCAUAAAAUGCUUUAUACAUAGGCGGAUUUAGGGGUGACUUGAAAACAGCACUGCAAUCUUCACAUAGACAUUUCUUUACUUCUUUGCAAUAAGUAUCAAAACUAGGGAAUCGUCUACAAAAACCUUAACAACAUUAUUGACUGACGACCGAUAAUUAAUUACCGGGUCUCCUGUUAAUUGCUUUUUGAGGCAAAUUAUAUGGUUGUUUAUUUACUUUGUAGAACACCAGGAAGCGCUGUUUAACACGGACUGCAGGCUCAAUCUGUUGCUGCACAGCAUUCGUGAACAGUGUCACUGCGAGAUAAGAGGUGAAUUACAAAAUGUGCCAGUAAUGCUAUGAGCGACUCAGAACUCAAUGCCAAAUAGUGUAGCCAGAGUGAUAAGCAUCACUUUCAACCAAGAGCUUUCUCUGCAUUGUACCCGAGGGAGCCGAAAGCAGCCAAUCACCGUCCGUCUUUUUUAAACGGGGCUAGGAAGGUCCUAGUGACUACAAACAGUUGCAAAAAAACUUGACACACUGUACCAUACUUUGGCUUAAAUGGUCUGUCCAUGAACUUGUGAUAGUGAUCCCCCCUCCUCCCCUUAUCAAAGUUGUCAGCAAUAUAAGGCGAUGCUCAAAACGUUGAGAACCAAAGGGAGAUGAUAAGUGUUAUAUUUCGCAGACACUUAACUAGCAGCGAUUUGAAGAAAGAAAGGCCGGUUUUCGACGGAGUUUCUCAACAUUUUUGUGACUAGUUGCAGUAUGACAAGCACUGGAAAAAUUGCGCAUGUCAUCCUUUUAAUGUCGUGAUUGGUAGAGUAAAUUUUAUCGUACGAAACUAUAUUCUAAAAUGCUGAGUGUGCAAGUUUUGGCCUUAUUUUAGCACAAGUGGAUCUCUGUGAAGUGAGCGGACGGCCCAAGAACCUACCUCAACAACCUCCGGAAUCUUAUGCAACAAAUUAUCUAAAACCAAGGGAAAAAUACGUACUUAUACAAAUGGAAAGUAAGUAAUAUAUAUUUGUAUAUAACAUCUUUCAUUUUAGACGUUUCGAGAGUGAGAUAAAUCUCUUCUCUAAAAUUGCCAAGUCUUCCGUUACAAAUGUACCUGUGAUAAUUGACGUCAUGAUAUUUUCCUAUUCCUUUGCAGAGGAAAAUGGCAAAUUGGCCUACAAACCGCUGUUGGUCGACAAAAAGAUCAUCACAGAAGAUUUUCUUGGUAAAUUUAAUAAUUUUACCUUUUUCAGUAAAAUGAGUGCAAUUCAUACUCAUAUAGAAUCUCACAAGAGAUUGUUAUUGUUUUAACGAAACCAAAAACUGACAAAAAUAACCUGCGUACUGACUGAUUGCCGAGCGAUUUUCCGUUCUCUCAGGCUACAAAGCACAUAUAACGUUAACCCUAAAGCAAUUAGUGGUCACGUGGCACACAACAUAGCGUCUUGUUGCGCAAGGAAAGUGAGGAGGGUGGGGUGGGAGGGGAGAGGGUUGAAGAUCAAUGGAGAGACUUAGACCCACAUUUUUUAAAAUACCAUUCAAAUUCUAGAAUGUUGCGUGGUGAAUUACAUAUUUUUAGCGCCUUGAUAUCAGGAGCCAGCUAAAAUUUAUUUUUUCUUCUUCUAACACCUUCAUAUUCAAUAUAUACUUUUCAACUCUUAGCGAGCCUAGAAAAAGAAAUGGCUGAACAAGAAGUCAUGACACGUUCCCCCAGAUUCACAAAGAAAAGAAAUUCAUUGAAACCUGAUAGAGCUGGUAUGCCUGGGCGUUUGAAGAGGACUUUGUCGGCAAGAAAGAGUUCACAAAAGCUGGAUGCAGAAAAUCACUGA